GAUGUACGAAGUCUAACCGAGCAGCUGCAAAACGAGAAGGCGACGGUCUCGAGGGCAGUCACACAGAAUCUCGAGCUCAAAGAGCAGCUGAUCGAGCUGCAGAAUAAGCUGGUAACGUUGUCAGAGUUCUACGGUUUUGGAAUGGCAUCGCGCACGCAGAUACGCACGCGCGUGGUUGGGCGUGCGUGUGGGCGCGCGUGUGCGAAAGUUGAAAAUGUGAAUUGNGAAUUGGAACGCUUGAAGUGGCAUCAGAUCGAGGACGGUGGUGAGGAGGGCGACGGGAAGACGGUGGUGGUUGCGGGAACGAAGGAAGUGAGUCGGGCAGAUGAAUCUGGAGAAGGCGAUCAGCCAGGCUUCGACGGAAGCCAGAAGGAUGGCGGUGAUGGCGAUGGUGAGACGGCGAUAACUCGAGAUCAACCGAGUGCAGAGGUUGAGGAAACGAGAACGCAGCAGGAGAGAGCGGAAUGGGAUCGGGAACUGAAGCAGGUCAAGGAGCAGCUGGAUGAGGUGAAGGGGAAAUAUAACGAGAUGAGACUCGACUAUAGACGAGUGACACAGGAGAAUGAGGAAUUGAGGAGGUUUGUGCCGAGUUUGGGGCAUAUUUUGGGUGGGUUAGGCACUUGUUCACUUUAA